ACCAGCUUCACUGCAGUGACAGAGCUAUCAUAGACUCCAAAGCUCUAGAAUACUACAGACACUGUGAACAGCACAAAGGAUCAAGUCUCAUCGUCUCUCACCAUGUGCAGAGGACUGGAAUCACUGCCUACCACAUGUCUGGAGAGGGCAAAGGAACUCAAAGCUCUCUUUGGUAGCUUUCUACAGAAGCCAGAUCUGAGCAUCAUCGGUCACUCACACAAGACCGACAAACUAAGGUUUAAUAAGAGUGAACCAUUAAAAUGGAAGGAGUCGUUUGAGAACCUGCUGUCCAACCAAAAUGGACUGUGCUUGUUCCGUGCUUUCCUGGUGUCGGAGUUUAGCGAGGAGAACAUAGCUUUCUACCUGGCCUGUGAAGACUACAGGAUAACCAAGCCCUCCUCAAAGCUAUCGGCUACAGCUAAGAAGAUUUAUGAGGAGUAUGUCUGCAGUGACGCACCAAGAGAGGUCAACCUCGACCAUGAGACCAAAGCCAUCACCAAGAAGAAUCUGGAACAGCCCAGCCAGUCCUGUUUCAGCCUGGCCCAGGAGAAGAUCUACGCCCUGAUGGAGAAAGACUGCUACCCUCGCUUCCUCAAGUCCCCCACCUACCUGGAGAUCAGUAGGCAGGUCAAAUCCGGUUAAGACCAUUUAUGGCUUGUUAAGACUGGUUAAGGCUGGUUGAAGCUUGUUAAGGCUGGUUGAGGCUUGUUAAGACUGGUUAAGGCUGGUUGAGGCUUGUUAAGACUGGUUAAGGCUGGUUGAAGCUUGUUAAGACUGGUUAAGGCUGGUUGAGGCUUGUUAAGACUGGUUAAGGCUGGUUGAGGCUUGUUAAGACUGGUUAAGGCUGGUUGAGGCUUGUUAAGACUGGUUAAGGCUGGUUGACGCUUGUUAAGACUGGUUAAGGCUGGUUGAGGCUUGUUAAGACUGGUUAAGGCCAACCAGCAGGUGGUGAAUGAGACACGAAGAAGAAGUCCAUGGGAGACAUGCUGAAAAGGACACACUGGAAACCAGGUGGUCUCACUAGGGUCCUCAGUGGAGGAAGGGUCCUGUGCUGCUGGGUCAAACGUAUGGAGGGGGGGACUGAAGAUGUAUACUAGAUUGAACUGGAAGUCAGUCGGAAGUUGACACUGGAAAUCUUAUCUGUGGCCUAGGAAAGAAGGCCGCUCACUGUGAAGACUGGAGUAUCAGUCUGUAAAAGAGGUCUGUGAAGAUUGAGGUAUCCAAGUCUGUAAAAGAGGUCUGUGAAGAUUGAGGUAUCUAAGUCUGUAAGAGGUGAACAUGUGUCUUGAGGUAUCUAAGUCUGUAAGAGUUGAACAUGUGUCUUGAGGUAUCUAAGUCUGUAAAAGGUGAACAUGUGUCUUGAGGUAUCUAAGUCUGUAAAAGGUGAACAUGUGUCUUGAGGUAACUAAGUCUGUAAAAGGUGAACAUGUGUCUUGAGGUCAAAGACACAUGAAGAAGUUCCUGUUCAUGGCGUUUGAGCAGAAAGAACAAUGUGAUGGAAAAGGACUGCUUUGCACAAUCACUGAGAAUGUGUUAUAGUUUUGUAUUGUCUGAUGCCUGUCUAUUUAUUUGGGUAUUUAUUAGCAGUCAUUUUGUUAUUGAAAUGUUAUUGAAAUGUUAUAGAAAUGUUAUUGAAAUGUUUUAGAGUGCACUGGACAGCACUGUACUGUACCGUUCCACAACAUUUUUUAUAUUUAUGUGUACAUUUUUUAUACCCAGAACUCCUUAUGUGAGAGGAAAUUAUUUGAAUAAAAUCGGAACUAUAUAAAACAA